GAAGUUUUGUGAUUACGAGUUCUUGUUUCAAAAAGGCAUCAAUUGGAAUGGGACUGUGUGAUACUUUCUAGCUGCUGUUCCCGCAAGAACUGAGCCAUUGUUAUCACAUCUGAAACGUUACUUUAUGUACUUAUUUUUUUUGUCAAUUUUACUUUUUUAAUUGAGAAUUUGGAGACGUUCCGUUUAAGAUUUGUUUAGGUAAAAUUGCACACGAAUCAGGGUGAAGAGUGUCUUGAAAUUGCAUUGAGAGGAUUUCUUCAUUCUCUAAUAUUUCUAGUUUUGUAUCAAUGGUGAGGAAACAGCAGAACACGAGUGGGACUUUGAAUGAGCCCAACACCGCAUCGAUUUUCUUUGGGAAGUUACUCAACUUUGAGAAGCUGAUUUGAUCUACUCAUAUUCUUAGCUUCUGGACCUUUUAGCCUUUAAUUGAACUAGUUAUUAUUGCCUGUAAUACGAAAGUUGAAUCUACUUUUGGGGGAUUCCUCCUUUUAUAUACAUUUUUAUUCCGUGUUUUUUUUGUUUUCAAGACUGUUGUUUUUGUUUGCCAUCGUGGAUACCAUGCUACCGACUGUGCAGGAGAAGUGGACGGCGUAUCACUGGGGGAUAUGGGUUCUGAUGUGCGGAUUGCUGUGCUCUGCCGCGGUGAAUGGAUGUCCUCACAAAUGCAGUUGCUCUGGAUCUCAUGUGGAUUGCCAGGGUCAAGGCUUCAGGACGGUGCCUAAAGGAAUACCUAGGAACGCGGAGCGUUUGGACUUGGACAGGAAUAACAUCACCAGGAUCACUAAAGUUGACUUUUCUGGCAUCAAGAACCUGCGAGUUCUGCACCUAGAGGACAACCAGAUCACAGUGAUUGAGAGGGGGGCGUUCCAGGACCUCAAACAGCUAGAGAGACUGCGUCUGAACCGGAACAAGCUGCAGGUUCUCCCAGAGCUGCUGUUCCAGUCCACACCCAAGCUUGGCCGCCUAGACCUCAGUGAAAACCAGAUCCAGGCAGUUCCUCGUAAGGCUUUCCGUGGGAUCACAACUGUCAAAAACCUGCAACUGGACAGCAACCACAUCAGCUGUAUCGAAGAUGGAGCCUUCCGAGCCCUCCGCGAUCUGGAGAUACUCACCCUCAACAACAACAACAUCACCCUCAUCCCUCUGUCCAGCUUCAACCACAUGCCCAAGCUGCGGACUCUGCGUCUGCACUCUAACAAUCUGCACUGCGACUGCCACCUGUCCUGGCUGUCCGACUGGCUGCGGCAGAGGCAUGGCCUGGCCCCCUUCACCCAGUGCAUGGCCCCCGCCAGCAUGAGGGGCCUCAACAUCCCUGAUGUCCAGAAGAAAGACUUCACCUGCACAGGCCCAGCUCAGGCAGAGCCUCGUACCUGUAUCCCCAGGCAUCAGUAAUGUCCGAUCUCCUGCACCUGUAACAACAACAUUGUGGACUGUCGUCACAAGGGCCUGACUGAGAUCCCUGCCAACCUGCCCGAGGGCAUCGUAGAGAUAGACCUGAGCAACAACAGCAUCAACACUGUGGCCUCCAUGACCUUCAGCAACAUGACUCAGCUCGCCACUCUGAUCCUGAGUUACAACCAGAUUCGGUCCGGUGGAUCUAAAUCUGAUGGCAAAGUGUGCUCCCUGCCUUGCCGGCCCCUGUCUGAACAAUGGCACAUGUGCCAGCGACGUUAGUGGUUCCUACCACUGCACCUGUCCCAUUGGCUACAAAGGUCAGAACUGUGAGAUAGCCAUCAACGCCUGCAUCAGUUUCCCCUGUGCCAGCGGAGGGACCUGCCACCUGAUGCCAAGCCAAGUGGAACAGUUCAGCUGUGCGUGUCCACCUGGCUACGAGGGUCUACAGUGUGAGGUGAACCCAGAUGACUGUGAGGACAAUGACUGUGAGAACAACUCCACCUGUGUGGAUGGCAUCAACAACUACACCUGCGUCUGCCCCCCCAACUACACAGGGGACCUAUGUGAGGAGGUGGUGGCCCCCUGUAUGCAAGGCUUCGACCCCUGCCAACAUGACUCCAAGUGCAUCCCCCUCACCAAAGGCUUCAGGUGUGAGUGCUUGCCCGGCUACGUGGGCCAACACUGUGAGCAGGACUACAACGACUGUCUGGAGAACAAGUGUCAGCAUGGGGCCCAGUGCGUGGACGCAGUCAACGGGUACACCUGCGUGUGUACGGAGGGCUUUAGUGGUCUAUUCUGCGAGAACCCUCCUCCUAUGAUCCUGCUGCAGACCAGCCCAUGUGACCAGUCAGAGUGUCAGAAUGAUGCCCAGUGUCUAGUGGUGGAAGGGGAGCCUGUGUGUCGCUGCCUGCCAGGCUUCACCGGAAACAAGUGCCACAAGAUCGUCACCGUCCACCUUUUGGGCAAAGGGACCUACCUGGAGCUGCCCAGCGUCAAGAUACGCAACUCUGUCCACAUCUCCCUACAGGUGGCUACAGAUAAGGACAACGGUAUCCUGCUCUACAAGGAGGAUCAUGAUCCUCUAGCUCUAGAGCUGUACCAGGGACACAUACGCAUAAUCUACGACAUCGUUAACUACCCACCGACCACAGUCUACAGUGUUGAGUCUGUGAGUGACGGUCUAUUCCACACGGUGGAGCUCCUGAUUCAGAACCACUCUCUGAGCCUGGUGGUAGACAAGGGAUCCCCCAAGAGCCUGGGCAAGCUGCCCCGCCAGCCCUCUGUGGACCACAACACACAGCUUUACAUAGGAGGUGUGCCCUCAGCGGUAAUGGCGUCCGGACUGCGUUCAGGUCCCGAUCGCAGCCCCCAGGCCUUCAACGGCUGCAUCCACAACGUCAGAAUCAACGGAGAGCUCCAGGAUCUGGGGGCGGCACCGCGCGGGUUGGAGGGCAUCCUGCCAGGCUGCCACUCUUGCAGCGUGUGUGCCCAGGGCGCCUGCAGACAGAGGGGGGAGACGGGUGUGUCCUGCGAGUGCCCACCCAGCCGCAGCGGACCCCUCUGUGACCAGAGGAUCGCCCCUAGCCCCUGUCAGAGCAGCAGGUGUGUCCAUGGGCUGUGUGUGCCUAAGGCGUCGUCCUACAGUUGUCAUUGUGCUGACGGCUACACAGGGCAGUACUGUGACAGGAGAGACGAGCCCCAAGCUUGUAAAGGACACCAUUGUGGACACGGGGAGUGUAGGGUCACAGAGAGCGGGGAGCCCUCUUGCCAUUGCCAGCCGGGCUACACUGGCCCUACCUGUAACGCAGAACCGGCGUGCCAGGGAGAGGUGGUGCGUGAUCUGCUGAAGCGGCACCAGCCCAUGAAGACGUGCACCUCGACCAGUAAGAUCCCCCGGGUGGAGUGUCCACGCGCCUGCGACGGAGACUUCUGCUGCGCACCAUCCAAGAGCCGGAGGCGGAAAGUGGUCUUCAAGUGCACCGACGGAUCCUCGUACUCUGAGGAGAUGGAGACCACCCUGGAGUGUGGCUGUGCCAAGUGCCCGUUGUAAUAUCAUGUCGUCGCCAUGGAAACAACCACAAACAAAACAAGGGACCUGCUGCCAGAGAGCAAAAAUAAAAUAUAUUGUAAAAUAAAACAUAGAACUUAUUUUUAUUAUGGGAUUUUUUUUUUUUUAAAGAAGAGACUUGAUAAUUGUUUUUAAUAUGUCGAAUAUUAUUGUCAUAUGAGAAGUUAUUUUGUACCUUAAGAAAAAAAAAGAAAAAAUAUUAACAUUCCUGAAAGUAUAUGAAUUUAUAUGUAUGUAUAAAUCUAUAUAAAUGUAACCUAACCCAUGGUUUUUAUUUGCUCAGUGUAUUAUUGCAUGUGUGUGUACGUGUUGAUACGGUAGGGGAGUCUUUGGACACUUUAAAUGUGGAGCGAGACAGUGAGUUGUACAAAAAAAGUGGCGGAAGGGAAGGAGGAGUUGGUGCUGCAUCUCCCCAGACAUAAAGAAGAGGAAGGCAGUCUUUUUCUCAUCUUCAGCUAUGGAGGCAAACAAAGGAACUGUCCCACUUUGCUCCCCAGCUUUAUAAUGGACUUCAUCCCCACCACAGAGCUAGCUGAGCUCUCUCUAGAGGAUAUGAACUCUUAUCCACGGAGCUUGCAAACAGUGAUUGUUACUUUGUGCCAUAGGAAUCCCAUUUACAUUGCUGUUGAUUUGUAUUUGUCUGCUGUUUCACAUCAGAGAUUCUAGAGUCCAACCACAUUGAGCAACAGAUGUUGAAAAUAAAUGUGUUGGGUUAAAAAAGACGUUCAAAAUAUGUAUUUCUGGUUGAAAAUACAUAUUUUCUAUGGCUUGUGCUCACUGGGAUGGGUCAAGAUGGCUUCUAUAGAUGUCUUCUAGACAGAGUCUGUCAGUCAAUGAAGUUCUCCUGAGAUUCUGUCACGUGUUUGUUUCUUGCAUGAUUGCUGACAGUCCAAGACAGAAGGUGAACUUCCUUUAUGAUACGGCCACGGAAUAGCCGUGCUGCCAUUAUACGAUUGGUUCCCUUCAUAGAAACGAAAUCUAGAUCCAAUCAUGCAGUUUGUCCUGGCAUUCGGGAGUCAUUCAGCGAAAUAACUUGGUGUUCUAGAAUCCUCCGAAUGAGAACUCGUUGUGUCUGUGGUCACAGCUCAGAUGGAAAAGGACUUUAUAAUGCUUGGCCUACCCUGGCCUGCGAAAUCAUUGUUGGGACUCAAAUCAUAACCGUCCAUUACUACUAACACUAUUAAAUGCAUAGAUGAAGCCCAUAACUACUGUAUUGUUUACUUUGUAAACAUGUGUUUACCAUAGGAUUUGAGGUGUCAUCCCAGUCGUCCCCCUGUCAGUCAGAAAAUAUUUGGUAACGCUUGAAUUGUAUAUUAUUUUAUUACCACAUGUUGAUACUGUCAUAGAGUGCAGUACGUGUCAAAUACGGUGUUACCAAAUAUUCUUUCCAUUGAGAGUUUGGCAGUGAUCAAGUUCAGUACACCCUUUCCCCCCAGUACCUCACUAACUACUCCAAUACCCCCAUGCCUCAAAACGUUCAAUUAAAUGAUUCUGUAUGUACGGAAGGUGUAGGCUCUACAAUGUAAAUGAUCUUAUGUCAGAUGCCUUAUAUUCAGUAAUAAUAAUAAUAAUAAUAAUUACUAUUAUGUUGGCCAUACUAUCAGGUGCAUCCUCCAGACAUAGAUAUAUUUCUGGUUAAACAUGAACUUGUGAGUGAUGAAUAAUUAUGUUGAAAUUAAACUACCAUGAAACUAG